AAUUUGUUUGGAAUGUUGAAGAGGAUUUCAAGCCUGUUCCAGAUACGUGGAUUCCAGCAAAGGACACAGAGUUCUCUCAUGGCAAUCCUUUGCCCGAUGAAAACGGACACAUGCCAGGUUGGGUGCCCGUGGAGAAGAACAGCAAGCAGUAUUGCUGGCACUCAUCUGUGGUGAAUUACGAGGCUGAAGUCGCCCUGGUGUUGAAACCCCACACUGACCCAGGGCUGCUAGAAAUCAGCCCAGUGCCACUGUCGGAAAUUUUGGAGCAAACACUGGAGCUUAUUGGGACUAACAUUAAUGCAAAUCCAUACGGGUUGGGAAGCAAGAAGCAGCCAGUACAUCUUCUUGUACCACAUGGAGCAUUUGAAAUCAAGAAUCCACCUGCUUUGGAACCAAAUGACAUCCUGUCUUGGUUUGAAGGCUGCAGUGAGGGUAAAGUCGAAGGAAUUGUGUGGCACUGCCACAAUGGGUGUUUAAUCAAGCUCCAUCGCCACCAUCUCGGCUUACGCUGGCCGCUUGCGGAGACGUUCCUGAGCUCUCAGCCGGUUGUCAUUUCCUGUAACAGAACCAAGUGUGGCUGUGACUUGGAACCACAGAGUUUGUUUCACCAUUUUUCAAACUUGGAUGGUCAAAGAUUUGACAGACUCAAGGACAUCAAGUUUGACGCUUGA